ACACACACACACAGAGAGAGAGAGAGAGAGAGAGAGAGAGAGAGAGAGAGAGAGAGAGAGAGAGAGAGAGAGAGAGAGAGAGAGAGAGAGAUGGGUGGAGGGAGGGAAGCGGCGGAGAGGAGGAGGUGGAGGAGGAGGAGGAAUUGUGCCAGAUUGUUUGCCAGCUGGCAGUUGUACCUACCGGUAGUGCUGAUGACGCUGGGCCUGGAAUGGAGCGCAGAUGGCGCCGCACUUUUCGGUCGUCAUCAGGACCCCCCCUCCCCCUCCCCCUGGGGAAAAGGCCUGGACAGGAACGCGGACGAUCGUCGGUUGUUUACAGAUGUUGUGCUCUUGGCCGCUGCAGAUUCAAGCAUCGACGGUGACGGUGACGGUGCCAGCAGGUCGAACAACUACUACGAUCCCCAGAGUGAUCCUCUCUAUCGAAUCGCCUUCGGCUCUUGCAGCCACCAGUCCAAGCCAACGACUGUGUGGCACCACGUACUCAAUUUUGCCCCUCAGAUGUUCAUCUGGCUAGGGGACAACAUCUACGGCGAUUACAAGCAGCCCGCCCGGGUGGCAGGUCCCAAGAGGAAUGUCGGUCCGUGGAAGGUCCAUCCCCGUUUCCUGCCCGCACCUAUGCAGUUGAUGCAAGAGAUGUACGACCUCCAGAAGAGCCAUCCCAUGUACUCUCGUGUUCGAGAGCAAGCUAAGGUGAUCGGUACAUGGGACGACCAUGAUUAUGGCCUGAACGACGCAGGGAAGGAGUUUGAGUGGAAGCAGGAGAGCCAGAAGCUGAUGCUCGACUUCCUCGACGAACCUAUCAACAGUCCCAGGCGUAAUCAGGAAGGCGUGUACGCUGCCUACGACUAUGGCCCUCCUGGAAAGCGUGUCAAGGUUAUUCUGACGGACACCAGAUAUCACAGAGAGAGUCCUUCGUCGGACAGCGAUUUGCUGGGAGAAGAGCAGUGGCAGUGGCUGGAGCGGGAGCUGAAUCACAGCACGGCCAACGUUCACAUCAUUGGCUCUUCGGUGCAGGUCAUUCCCAAUUUGACUGCAGUGCUUCAGCCCUUUGGUCAAGUCGAGGGAUGGGCAAGGUUUCCUGCCUCUCGAAGUCGACUCUUCCGCAUCCUCAAGGACAGCAAUCUUCCAGGGAUCUUCUUCAUUAGUGGAGACGUACACUUUGCUGACAUGAACAGAUACGACUGUGCAUUGCAAUACCCCUUGUACGAAUUCACUGCCAGCGGACUCACGCAAUCAGUGGAAGAGAUGGUACCUCCUUUGCUUCAACCAGUCCUUCGGCUCCUUGGUCUCUUGGUACCUGGGCCUCUGCGCAUCCGCAGACCGUACGGAAAGCAGAAUUUCGGGACCAUCGAAAUCAAUUGGGACGACGACCCCAUCAGUAUUCACUUCAAGGUCCACAGGGACACCGGGGAGACUGUUCUGUCCCAUCAAAUCCUGCUCACCGAAUUGCAAAGUCCACCUGGCACCGCAGAAGAUUCAGCGAAAGGGGCCCGCCGCGGGAGUGACCAAGGAAGAGGAAGUAAAAGUUCAGAAGCAGGGAAAUUUUGUGUCACAGAAACUGAUCUGUCAUGGUUUGCAAGGCACCGCUUUUUCUUCGCAGUGGUGGUUGUUUUGACGGCCUUAGCGGCCCUUGCAAUUGGAGCCUGUUAUGCAGUUUUUGCAGGGGUGUGGAUGCUUUUGCACACAACCUGUCCCUGCGAAAGGAUGAAGGUGGACUGAGACUGAGAGCAUAUUAUUUGCCAGGCACAGCUGCUGCUUUUUUUUUUUUUUUUUUUUGGUUCUCCCUCUGCAGUGAUGGCUGUGUUGUGACGGCGUUAGUGGCCCUUGCAGCAAUAGGAUUAUAGGACCCUGUUAUUAUGCAGGAGGUAUUGCAGGACUGUGGAUGCUUUUUUUUUGGAGCAGAUGGCAGGCAUUGUGGAUGCUUUUGCUGCACAGAACCGGUCGCCGCCAAUUGGUGAAGGUUGACUGAGACUGGGAGCAUAUUUGCGUC